CCUCCCCUCCCUCUGCAGAGUUUGGAGCUCUGCUCUUCUGCGGCCAGCAGCAGCUCGCCCUGACAGCCAAAACUGGCGCAGAGUCUCAGCCUAGACCUGAACCAUUCUUCUUUUUCUGACUUAUAAAGACUAUCCAUACUCAGCCUUUAACACAUCUUCUUCCGGAGACAAGCGCUGGAGCGGCCUCGUCUAGAAUGGGGAACCGAGACGAUGAAUACGAUUUCUUGUUCAAAGUUGUAUUAAUUGGGGACUCAGGCGUAGGCAAGAGCAACCUGCUCUCUCGAUUCACACGGAAUGAGUUCAACCUAGAGAGUAAGAGCACCAUCGGGGUGGAGUUUGCCACGCGCAGCAUCCAGGUGGAUGGCAAGACGAUAAAAGCUCAGAUCUGGGAUACAGCAGGACAGGAGCGCUACAGAGCCAUCACCUCAGCAUACUACAGAGGAGCAGUGGGGGCGCUCUUAGUGUAUGACAUAGCCAAACACCUGACCUAUGAGAAUGUGGAGCGCUGGCUGAAGGAGCUGAGGGACCACGCAGACAACAACAUCGUCAUCAUGCUGGUGGGGAACAAGAGCGACCUGCGCCACCUCAGGGCUGUGCCCACAGACGAGGCCCGCGCCUUUGCAGAGAAGAACAAUCUGUCAUUCAUAGAAACUUCAGCCUUGGACUCAACAAAUGUUGAAGAAGCCUUCAAGAAUAUUCUAACAGAAAUCUACCGCAUCGUCUCGCAGAAACAGAUUGCUGAACGGUCCGCCCAUGAUGAGUCCCCUGGAAACAACGUGGUGGACAUCAGCGUGCCCCCCACCACGGAUGGCCAAAGGGGGAGCAAACUGCAGUGCUGUCAGAACCUGUAACCUUCAGCAAACCGUCCUUCCUCCACCUGGGUUGAUUAUUAGUUGAAAUCAAUAUUGGUUUGCAUACACCUGGGUAUCAAUACUGUCUGAAUCUGCACUUUUUCGAUCAGUGGAGGCAGUACUGUUGUGCCACAAAUGAUCAAUCUCAGAGUAUUUGAAUAGGUUUCAAAUUAUAGUCUGACCCAGGUACAAUCUGCUACACCCUAAUGCAAAAACAGGACUGAUGGAUUUGGUUAACCAUGAUAGAUUAGCAGAAUAGCUUUUGCCUGAGACCUUGUCAGUCCAUGUCCACUAUAUAGUCAUUGCCCGUUGUUCCUGGCCCAGGUUUGAAUCUUUGGCCGUUUCAGUCGUUCCAGCAGUCCUGUUUUUCACUCUCCUCCUCCUCCUCUUUCAGUCAUCAUCUCAAAAGUGGUUGUGACGCUGCUGAUGCUUAUUUCAUUUUGUGUAAAAUAUAUUCUUUUUUUUGUUUUGCUUUUGAUAGCUUGUCUGCUCACAUACAUUAUAUUAAUGCCAUGAAAUUAAAUUUUACAAUAUUA